CCCAUCCCCUGCCAUUCGAAUGGGUAUAACGUAAAAUGGGUUGAGAAAGUGAUUAAUGAGAUACACGUUACUUAAUGAUAUGAUUCCAUCCGUCAAUGAUGAAAAUUACUUAAGCAACAAGUAACACAUAUGACUCGGAUCGAUAAUAAGAUUUAACUUGCAUAAAUUAUGUAAGUUACUACUGUAACUGAAAGAUCAAGAGUGCAUAGAACUCCCUGUCACCACAAGGAGGGCCACAGGUUUGUCAUUGGAGUGGGGGAAAAUGCCUGUGACUAAAGGCAAGCUCAAUGCAGGAGAUCAGUCAAUACUGGACCAAAAUCACACUUAUCUUGUAGAACAACUGGAUGCAACAUAUGUGGUUGACCUUUUCAUUGAUCGAGGAGUUUUUGAUUUAUCAGACAGUGAAAAUAUAAGAAGCAAAGAUACAACCGAGGGAAGAAACAGGGCCCUUUUGGACACUUUAUACAAAGCUGGACCAGCAGCUUAUGGAAUAUUUAGAGAGAUAUUACAAAAAGACUAUGACUUUAUUGUUAAAAAACUUGAUGCAACUAAACCUAAUACUACUGUUAACAGGAGUCCAGGACAAAUACUAAUAGAUGAGCUUACAGACGAUCUAAAGGCACAUCGAAUGUCAGAACUAGAUCUCCUUUACUUCUCCAAGUCAUUCUCUACGGCAAUCACGUCUGUGGCGAUGGCUUUAAAAAUAAAUAGAACAGAGGUAGAGCAGAUACAGCUAUCUAACCAGUUCGGCGGAGCUGUCAACCACAACCAGUCCCUGUUGAUCAAGUGGAAAAAUAGAACAGGAAGAGCUGCAACACUGCUAGCACUGAUGGAGGCGUUCACAACGGCCGAGCAAUUCGGUGGUGAUAUGAACUGGGAGCUUGUUGAAGACGGAAUUAAAAGAUUAAAGAAAUGAGGCAUUGACCACAGAAGUACUUCAUCUCUGUUAGGUCAGAUUGUCUAUAUAUCAUGAAAAGGAAUUCAAUACUGACAUUACUACAUUGGUAAUGUCAUUGUGUGCCUGCUAUAAUGGUGUUUUUAGCUCACCUGGUCCGAAGGACCAUGGUGAGCUUAUGCCAUACCGCAGCAUCCGUCGUCCGUCAACUUUUC